AUGGCGGGGGAUCAAGCACGAAGAGCCUCCCAGACCGAUUCACAGGAGCCAACGACCCCACCUCCAUCCUACAAGCGAAGGAGAAUUGCCCUGGCAUGCACCUCAUGCAGGAACCGCAAGUCUCGCUGCAAUGGAGCGAAGCCUUCCUGCAGCCUCUGCGUGGAGCUCGGUUUUAACUGCGUUUACCAGCAACCUGCAGCAGGAAGUUCUGCUAACAACGUGAAGAGCUCACAAGUUCAAUCGGGCUAUGACGAAAGACUGCGUGCUAUCGAGGACACUUUACGCCUCUUGGUUCAUCAGAAAGAGCCGGAAACUAACUCACGUGAGCCACCACCACUGCGAAGCCACACGCUAGAACAAGGAGAAGCAUUCCAGCAAGCCUCAAAUUCAGACGAAGAUGUCGCAAUCCUGGAUGAAGAUGACUCCCAACUACAAAAUGGUGGCGAAGACUCAGUCGACGGGAUGGCAGCAAUCACAGAUCCAGAAGAUAGAGAAUCCAGAUUCUUUGGACCAUCAUCCAAUAUAACGUUCCUGCGUCAUAUAUCUGAUGCGACCUCUGCUACGCUUAAGUCAAUCGGCCACUCUCGGCAAUCAGACAGCGGACUGAACCAACAACUCGUGUCAAGAGCUGCGUCCCCAGUGACAACACUGUCCGAGACAAGCCCAGCGAUCCGGAGCCAAUUUGUCAACAUUCGAUCGUUGCCUUCCGAAUCCCGUGCCCUUCACCUGAUCCGACUCUUCUUCUCCGACACUGGAAUGCUGUUUCCAUAUAUACACGAACAAGAUAUCUUACGAACAUAUUCUGCCGCAAGGCGGAAUAAGUUCACAGCUGUGAGUCGGUCUUGGUUGUGCCUGGUAAAUGUCAUAUUUGCCUUUGCGACAUAUAUCAGUGCCAGACCGGAACAGCCCGCAGAGAAGAACGCAGCCGAGUCGGAGGUGUUCAUCGAGCGAGCGCAUGCUUUGUCGGCUGACAUAGAACUCAAAUCAGCGAAUUUGGAAAGUGUGCAAUGUUUUCUGUUGAUGGCACAAUUCCGCCAGGGGACUCAGCGGUCCGAUCAAGCCUGGAGUCUCCAUGGGCUAGCUGUUCGUGCAGCCAUACAACUGGGUCUUCACUCCAGGUCGGCAACGGUUGGCUUGACAGCCGUGGAGGCAGAGAUACGGAAGCGAACAUGGUUCGCAUGCAUGGUGCUAGACAGGACGCUCAGCAUGACCUUCGGUCGUCCCGCAACCAUCCCAAACCAAUAUAUGAGGCUCGAGUUGCCGGUCAAUCAGAAUCUGGAGAAACUCAGCAUGAUGGGAACCUCAACAGGGUCCCUCAGCACUUUGGAUCCACCAGACACUGUUUGCCUCUUCAUAGCAACAAUAAAACUGUACUACAUUCUGGAAGAAAUUAUAUGCCAGUUAUACGGAUCCAAUAUUGACGGCGACCCGCAGUUAACGAUUCCGGCUAUGCUGGAGAGAACGCUUGCCCUCGAGCAGAAAUUAGCCGAGUGGAAACUUGAUCUUCCUUCCCAGCUCCGGAGACGACCCUGGGAUACUCUCGACCCGGAUGCGGUCUCGGCGUCUUCAUGGGAUCCUGUCUUCGACCGAUUAAGCGUUAUAAUCACUUUGAGAUAUCUCAACAUUCGGAUCCUACUGCACAGGCCUGUUCUGAGCGCAUUCUUGCUCCGAAGAGCGAGGCUUCGAAAUGCCACCUCGGUAUCCGAAGACGAAGACCACUUUUUCCAAGACCUUGGAGAGCGAAGUGUCAAAGCGUGCGAGCAAUGCGCUAUGGAUAUUGUUGACAUUGUGCAUCGUACUAGCAGACCGCCGGCUCUUUUGGGAGCUUGGUGGUUUUCUGCGUACUACACGUUCAAUGCCGCACUUGUUAUCUUCAGUUGCAUUCUGAUGGAAAUUACGACAGCCGCAAGAUGGACUCCGUCGGGCCCGACCAUCACGAUGGCAGAGUCGCUCGAUACUACUAAAAUCACUGACAUGAUUACGAAACUUCGUCAUGCGGCAGAGACACUGCAAAGAUUUGGCGAAGGAACGAAGUCAGCCAAGAGGAUAAGAAAGACGUUGUUGAAGCUGGUGCAGAUCUGCAUGACUUUGGCCCAGUGCAGUCCUGAGCAUGGUCCAACCAUUCUCAGCUCUUUGGCGUCUACCUUUGACGCAGACUUGGCUAGGUCACAGACACAGCAGAAUGAGGCCCUUGUACAAAAUAUGGGUCAGGAGAUUGGGCCUGAAGAAAUGAUGGCCAACAGCAUGCUUCCAAUGCUGCCGCCCCCAGACCUAUUCACUGCAUACGACAUGAGUAUGCAUCAGUACUGGACCGAUACCAACUUGGAUCUGUUCAGCGACCUUGUUGGUGUUGAAAGCGGUCUCACCUCGCUAAUGGCAGGGUAG